GCGUCACGGAGCGCGCUCGCUGAGCGGAAGUCACUCUGACGCGCUUGUUGACAGGUUCCGGCCCGCGCUCUUCCGCUCUGCUGUGCGCCUGAGUGUCAGAUUGCGAUUAUUAGUUAUUGAUUAUUGGAAUAUCAGUCUGUAAUAUCGACGACUUCAGCCGCAGCUGGAUCCGACCACAGCGGUGAACAUGAUAAAAGCCAUUCUGAUCUUUAAUAAUCAUGGCAAACCACGACUGUCAAAAUUCUACGAGCAUUACACCGAAGACACAGAACAGCAGAUCAUCAGAGAAACCUUUCAUCUGGUUUCCAAACGAGACGAGAACAUUUGCAACUUCCUGGAGGGCGGACUGUUAAUCGGCGGCUCGGACAACAAGCUGAUCUACAGACACUACGCCACACUUUACUUUGUGUUCUGCGUGGAUUCGUCCGAGAGCGAGCUGGGCAUUCUGGAUCUGAUCCAGGUGUUCGUGGAGACGCUGGACAAGUGCUUCGAGAACGUGUGUGAGCUGGACCUGAUCUUUCACGUGGAUAAGGUGCACAACAUCCUAGCGGAGAUGGUGAUGGGCGGCAUGGUGCUGGAGACCAACAUGAGCGAGAUCAUCACGCAGGUGGAGGCGCAGGGCAAGAUGGAGAAAUCUGAGACCUUUAUCUUUCAGUGUCCCAGACAGGACAGGUAGACACAGGUACUGCUGAACCCCACACACAACGACUGUCACGCUCCUCCUGAGGACAGACGCUCACACGGACGUGCCUCAUAAUCAAUCAGAUCCAGAACAGAGCCGAACGUUCAGUGCUGAAUAAUCAUGAUGUUUCAUGCUUAAAACAUGUAAACAAGCAUUGGUGUGAUGCUGGGCAGAGCGUUUGUCUGAUGUGGGACUGUCAGUCCUCAGGAUCACAGGUUAGAUUAGAGCAGAUCUGUGUGAAUAUCAUGCGGAUCGUCUAGAGAUGACAGUAGAUCCAUAGCACACACACACACACACACACACACUCACACACACCGCAUACACGCACUC